AUGCCUAGCUUCUCCGCGUUCAAAGCGACAUUUAAAGGCGACAUUGUCAUCCCUGGUCAUCCGGACUACGAAUCUGCUAUCAAACGUUGGGCAAAGAACGCGACGCGACGCGCAAAGAUUGUCGCCUUCGUCAGAAAUGCGGACGACGUGUCGCUUGCAGUCAAAUAUGCCCAAGACGCCCAACUGCCACUGGCCAUUCGGGGCGGAGGCCAUAACCCAGGAGGCUCCUCGUCUUCCGAAGGGAUUGUCAUUGAUCUUUCUAGAUAUAUGAACGAUUGUCGCAUCGACACUGAAAAUAAACUAGCAUAUGUCGGCGGAGGCGCGCUCUGGAAGACCGUAGAUGAUACCGCAAUCAAGUACAAUCUCGCAACAGUUGGAGGAACUGUGAACCAUACUGGUGUCGGCGGUCUUACUCUGGGCGGAGGAUACGGUUGGCUCAGUGCUUCACAUGGUCUCGCUAUCGACAACCUAGUCCAGGCAACUAUGGUCGUCGCAGACGGGUCAAUCUUGACAGCUUCCGACUCAGAGAAUAACGAUCUAUUUUGGGCAGUUCGGGGCGGCGGAUGCAAUUUCGGAAUCUGCUGCGAGUUCGUCUACCGAUUACACGAACAGCGACCAACGGUUUACGCUGGCGUCCUGAUUUACCCUCCGCCUCUCGUCGAUAAAGUCAUUGAAGUCACUGCCGAAUGGUGGAAAAAUAAACCAAGCUCAAGAACAUCAUUACUUCAGGUUGUCACACGAGGACCACCUCCCGAUUAUUGUCCGUGCAUCGUUGUUAAUCCGUUUUUCAAUGGAACCGUGGAAGAAGGCAGACGAGAAUUCAAAGCAUUUCUUGAUCUUGAUCCUAUUGACUUGACUGGAGAAACGCCGUACGAAGCUGUAAAUGGACUCCAGAAUCCAUAUGUACGACACGGUCAGAAUGUUUAUAUGCGGGGUGUCACCCAGUAUGAGUAUUCACCAGCAUGCGUGAAAAGGGUAUUCGAACGAAUGUGCGAGGUGUCAUCGAAGGACUUACGAAUUUCUGUCAUAUUUGAACUCUUUCCACUUGACAAGAUCAAUAGCGUCGCAAACGACGCAACUGCAUUCAACUUGCGCGGACCAGAUAGCAAUGUCUUGACCGUCACCUUUUGGGAUGACGAUGACUUGGAGAGUAGUGUGCAAGGCAAAGAUGCAGCCUAUGCCAUGACAGAUAUCGUUUCCAACGCAGAAAAGGAACCUGAAAAAUCAAAAACGCGGGCAUACGGUAACUAUGUUGGUGACGAGAUACUGGGAUCCGACCGAGCACGAAGAGUGUUCGGCGAUAACUAUCCACGGCUGCAGCAGAUCAAGAAGAAGUAUGAUCCGUAUGUGCUCUUUUCCAAGUGGUUCACUAUUGUUCCGGCUUGA